GCCCAGGGCGGGGUGCGUGGCGGGCGCACCCGGACCCGGCCCCAUGGCGCAGAAACCGCUCAGCACGGCCGCGGCGGAGCGCAUGAACCUCGUGGCCCAGGACGAGAUCUGGAAAUACCGCCUGAAAGCUGAAGCCGAGGCGCGGCAAGACUGGGCCCAGAAGUGGGGAUUCUUAACAACCCCCCUCGAGGAGUUGAUCCGGGGUGAAGAAGAACCCCCCACCCCAAAGCCCAGGAUCGAGCUUCCCGAGCGGUUCCGCAUCCGGCCGGUGACACCAGUGGAGAAAUACAUCAAGGUCCUUCCCUCCCCCCCAGUGCCGAAGACGACCCAGGGCUUCAUCGGCUGGAGAUCCGGGGUGCCGGGCCUGAACAAGUGUCUGGAGCACGACUACGAGAUCAGAAGCUGCAAAGGGGCGUAUGCCAGAGAGCUGAGCUGGCCGAAGCAGGGCAUACACUGAGGCCAGAUGGGGGCUCCAGCCCCUGGGCAGUGCGGGCUGGACCGCUGGGCAGCUGGUGCCCAUGCCCAGGAAAGGAAGAACACCCCAGCGUCCCCCUGAGGACACAGCUCCCCUCCACGUUUGCUUGUGGGAUGUUGCAAAGAAUACAAAACAGCCCCUGAACAUUUCCAAUUCAUCAGUGUCUCCCUUCUGGAAUAUUCUCAUAACACACUCAUUCUUGGCUAAUGCAAUGAAUUAGGCAAAAUAGA